AUGAGUCGCAGACCCAGUCGUCACCACAUCACUCGAACUCCAUGUCUAUUGCAGACAAUACUCAAGAGGAAUACAAUGCAAGCGGUGGGCAACGGGUCCGGUUCAUCGAGACAACCACCGACUGUCGGACAUCUGGAAUCGUGGGGCAAACGUACAAUACAGUCGACUCUUGAGUUGAUCCCACAUACCGGCGGAGAAGAUGCAGAUAUGGGGCAACUACACCCGAACGACGAGAAGCCGCUGUCGGAGGAAGGGAUCAGCGAAGACAUGGCGCCCAACAGUUGGGCGAUCCUGAGGACCAGAUUGGAUGGGGUGUUGCAGUUGGCGCGCAUCCAACACAUCAGGAGUCAGCCCCGAGUCCAGCAGUUCUUGACGGCCAUCGAGGCGUUCACUCAGCAGAACCCUCACUACUUACCCCAUUUGGCCGGUGGGUCGCCCACCGAGACGGUCAUCAGUUCGAGGGAUCCACUCCACCAUCGGAUCUCUCGACACCAUCCCCUCAACAAGAAUAGCGGACCAGCGACGUCCGCAACGCCGGCGAUGCCCGCCAUCGACGCCCGCCUCGAGUCGAUCGUUAACCGUAUGUUUCAGCGCUGUUUCGACGACAACCACUACAAGCAGGCCAUCGGCAUAGCGCUGGAGACCCGACGAAUGGAUAUCUUCGAGCGCGCCAUCACAGAGUCGGGCGAUUUGGCGGCCAUUCUCUCGUACGCCUUCAAGAUAACGAUGUCUCUGAUGGAGAACCGGCACUUCCGGAACGAUGUGCUCAAGAUUCUCGUCAAACUCUACCGCAAUCUCGAUGUCCCGGACUUCGUGUCGAUGACGCAGUGCCUCAUCUUCUUAGACGACGCCCAGUCUGUCGCCGAAGUGCUCGACCGGCUGUCGCGGACGUCGGAUGACUCGACUCUCAUGGCCUAUCAGAUCGCCUUUGAUUUGUAUGAGUCGGCGACGCAGCAGUUCCUGACGCGCGUACUACAGGCGCUCCAGGCGGGGGCUCCCAUACCGGCGCUCAUCGCCAAGAUUAACAAAGUGGAGGCCAAACCCACGUCCGCCGCUACCCCCGCAGUCGGUGAGAGCAGUACUACUGCUGCCGCUGAGGUCGAGAAGAUGGAGACCGACGAGCAGAGCGCCGGCGCCUCUUCACCCAAACCCGAGGCGUCAGCGGACGAGUCGCCGAAGUCUGAGAUACCGGUGCCGAAGAUCGAGGAUCUGACCGAAGAGGAGAGACAAAGACAGAAACGUUUGGAGAAAUUAGCGGUGAUUUUGAGCGGCGAGACGACGAUUGAACUUCAGCUCCAGUUCCUGAUCCGCAACAACCACUCGGAUCUACUGAUACUGAAGGGCACGAAAGACACGGUCAGGAACUCCGUCUGUCAUAACGCGACGGUCAUCGCCAACGGACUCAUGCAUUGCGGCACUACUAGUGACCAGUUCUUGAGAGACAAUCUCGAUUGGUUGGCCCGAGCCGUCAAUUGGGCCAAGUUUUCCGCCACAGCCUCUCUCGGAGUCAUUCAUAUCCGCCACGAGAAGGAAGCCCUGCAUCUCAUGUCUUCGUAUUUGCCGCGAGAUAGCGGACCCGGCAGUGGAUAUACCGAAGGUGGCGGUCUCUUCGCGUUGGGUCUGAUUCACGCCAAUCACGGCUCAGCCAUCACUGACUACCUGUUGAACCAAUUGAAAGACGCCACGAAUGAGUCGGUCAGACACGGAGGCUGUUUGGGACUGGGAUUGGCUGCGAUGGGAACCAAUCGGAAUGAUGUCUACGAAAUCCUGAAGUCCAAUCUAUUCCAAGACGACGCCAUCACCGGCGAGGCGGCCGGCAUUGCGAUGGGUUUAGUGAUGUUGGGCUCGAAGUCUUCGGCGGCCAUCACUGAUAUGGUUUCGUACGCACAGGAGACCCAACACGAGAAGAUCCUGAGGGGACUGGCGGUCGGCAUCGGACUCACAAUGUUUGGGCGUCUGGAAGAGGCGGACACUCUGAUCGAGAGUCUGAGUCGAGACAAGGAUCCGGUGCUGCGGCGGUCGGGAAUGCAUACCAUAGCGAUGGCGUACUGCGGGACCGGUAAUAACAAAGCCAUCCGAAGACUACUUCAUGUGGCGGUCAGUGACGUGAACGACGACGUGAGGAGGGCUGCGGUCGAAGCGAUUGGUUUCCUUCUGUUCCGAACACCAGAACAGUGUCCGAGUGUUGUCUCCCUUCUGUCGGAGAGCUAUAACCCGAACGUGAGGUACGGCGCGGCCAUGGCUUUGGGCAUAUGCUGUGCCGGAACCGGCAAUAAGGAGGCGAUCGCACUGUUGGAGCCCAUGACCAACGAUCCGGUCAAUUAUGUACGACAGGGAGCGCUGAUCGCGUCGGCACUCAUUCUCGUGCAGCAAACGGAGGCCAACUGUCCGAAGGUGAAGGACUUCCGGCAGCUGUACGUCAAAGUGAUUGCCGACAAACACGACGACGUGAUGGCGAAGUUCGGCGCCAUUUUGGCUCAAGGAAUCAUCGACGCCGGCGGUCGCAACGUGACGGUCGGCCUCCAGACCCGCACCGGACACACGAAUAUGCCGGCCGUCGUCGGGAUGUUAGUGUUCACUCAAUUCUGGUAUUGGUAUCCAUUGGCGCACUUCAUAUGCCUCGCCUUCACGCCCACCGCCGUAAUCGGACUCAACUCCGACCUCAAGAUGCCUCAGAUGACCAUCAAAUCCAACGCUAAGCCAUCUCUUUAUGGAUAUCCGGCGCCACUCGAGGAGAAGAAGGAGAAGGAGAGGGAAAAGGUGUCGACAGCCGUCCUCUCCAUCACAGCCAAAGCCAAACGCAAAGAGCAGGAGAAGAAGGACUCGAAGAGCGACGAGAAGAUGGACGUCGACUCCGCCCACGAGAAGGACAGCGCUGUCAAGGCCUCCGAAAAGAGCGACAAAAGCGAGAAAACGGUGGAAAAGACGACCGAAAAGGACGCGAAAGAGACAAAAGACUCGAAAACUGCGGCGAAAGACAGCAAAGAGUCGAAAGACGCGAAAGAGAAGGACAACAAAGAGCCCAAAGAAGCGGAACCGUUGUUCUCAAUGCUUGAAAACCCCGCGCGAGUCGUUCGCCAGCAGUUGAAAGUGAUUCAGUCGGCGGACGGCACCCGAUAUACGCCUAUCAAAGACCUGUCGAUCGGAGGGAUAAUUAUGUUGAGAGACGGCUCUAAGAGUGAACCCGAAGUACUCGUCGAACCCGUGGCCGCCGGCGGACCCAAAGUGGAGGACGAGACGGAACCCGAACCGCCCGAACCCUUCGACUACAUCGAGGACUGAGAGUCCUAUCUGUUUGUGUUUGGCAUUCAAAUACCAUUUCUUUUAUAUAUUAUUAUUAAUUAACUUUCAAUUAUUUCCUAACAUUUAGUAAAAAUAAAGUUUUUGUGAAUUAAAUAAAAUGGAAACUAAUUUAAAACAAA